AUGAAGCUGUCGGUGUGGGCUCAAGCUAUUGUAGCUAUUGCGAUGGCGACACGUAACGUGGUAGCUACGGUUGAUGAUCCUGAUGUUGGCGAAGGUUUCAACUUCCUCGACGGAACUGUGGAGGGUGCCACCGAAAAGCUAAUCGGUACUCUGAGUCCCAACGCUCCAGCGAGUACUCAGCAAAGCCCCAUAAGCGGUGAGUUCUUUGGGCCGUUCGGCACGGAUGAGCCAUCCGAAGAACUCUUUAAGCGAAAUGGUAGUCUCGCAAAACUUGCUCCGAUCAUCAACGUUGCUAAGGAAGCACUCAACCAACCGAUUCCAACUAACAAAUGGUGGGGCAACUUGAUUCACGUGACUGCUACCAAUAGGUCGGAGAACUUCCCCGCGUGGGCUCAGCCAUACUCUAUAUUUCUGCCUAAGGUAGCUCCGUUUGGCGUGCAAGCGUGUUACCCCUACACAUAUCGUGAAAUGGCACCGGAGGUUAACAACACCGUUAAGUGGUACUCUCACGGUAUUCACAAUGACCUUACGCUCUCCGCGCAAGAGUUCAACGAGACAAAACCCAAGUACGAAGUGUACGAAUGGGAUGAUAUUGGUAUCAAGCUCCGUACGUGUGACCCUGGUAGUGGUGGGUGCAUGGAUUCGGCACUCCUGAGUGGAAUGGCAUUCGUGUCGGCCAAAUACGACGGACUCACGCCACGCAUCGAUACCGAACACAGUAUCACGUACAUGGACGACUCGGCACCGGGCAAGUUUGUCAUUCAUCUCAACAAUAGUCAGACGUGGGUAUUGUACGCGAGUGACAAGAGCCUGUCGCUGCGUGUAGAGGAAUCAGUCGUGUUCUCUGUAAACGCUUCGGGGUCGUCGUUGGUGGCGGACAAGGGGUACUCUGGCACGAUCCGAGUGGCGAUACUCCCGGAGGAAGCGGAAGACACAAUCUAUGAUGAGUACGCAGGAUGUGUGCUGGAAACCAUGAUCGAGCCGAUGCUAAACAACACUUUGUCGCCACCUCUUGUCUACGAGACUCUGUAUAGUGGAAUUGUCUCGAGCUUAAUCUUCGAGAACGGAUGGCUGUACAUGGACUUCGGCAGCGGAGUCUACAACGACCACCACUACCACUUCGGUUACUAUGUGACAGCAUCGGCAAUUCUAAAACACCUGGACCCAAACUGGUCUCGUAUGCCAGAGCUCGAGAGAAUUAUUUGGACGAUGCUGCGCGAUGUCGCCAAUCCGAGCUUGGAAGAUCCUUACUUUCCUCGCUUCCGGCACUUCUCCUGGUACCAUGGCCACUCGUAUUCACGUGGUGUAACGCUACUCGACCACGGCAAGGAUGAGGAAAGCACCUCUGAGGACAUUAACUUUUACUACGGAAUGACGCUAUGGGGAAAAGUUACGGGGCACAAGGCAAUGGAGGACCUCGGAAGUCUGAUGUUGCGUCUGAAUGCACACGCCAUUCGGACGUACUUCUUGCUAAAGUCGGAUAACACUGUCCACCCACCGGAGAUUGUCCGCAACCACGUCACGGGCAUUUUCUUCGACAACAAGGUGUACUACAACACGUGGUUCCUCGACGAGGUAUAUGCGAUUCAUGGUAUCCAAAUGAUACCGGUGUCCCCCGUCAACGAGUUGGCGCGCACGUCCGAGUUCGUGGAGCAGGAGUGGAACGACAUUUUGUCCAAGGAACGCAUAGUCACCAUGAAGAACAGCAACAACACGUGGCUCUCGCUACUGUUGGUGAACGCUGCCACGGUCAACCCCAUGGACUCGCUGCACAAGCUGAAGAACGCCACCAUGGACGACGGAUUGUCGCGGUCGUGGGCGCUUUACAACGCGGCCACGCGCUGCCGCGACGGAGUUGAUCUUAAGGGCACGGCUACCAAACUCCAGCUUACGCCUAUCCAUGCCGAGCGGAAUGAAGGUCACAUUGAAGCUAUGGAGGAGUGA